CUCUGCGACACACAACAGUUGCUGCCAUCCACUUUAGGGUGAGGACUGCAUCCAACUUUUACCGGCUGAGGACGACCCUUUACCUCCGCUGACUCCCCCUCCACCCGUCCUGCCUGGAGCUGCAAAGGGCUGUCAGUCUGAAGGGGAGGCACAAGAUCAGAGUGCCAGCAUAGCAAAUGCGCCUCAAGAUCCCAUGCUACUUGCUCUGCAUAACUCCCCAUCCCAGCUUCACACCGAAACGCUGCCUCACAUUCAGAGAAGUGUCUCCCUCUCCCGCACACGUUUAGAUCCUGACAGCCCCCCCCUCCCCCUCUUAUGAUCUGUGCAGAGAGCAGUUAUAUCAGUGAGAGCAGAGCGCCGCUGUAGUCACAGCAGCAGGACCAGAGGAGAGCGGUCAUCUCACAUCACAUCCCAGCUGACCGAAGCCUGCGGGACAGCCAUGGAGGACACUCUCACCUCCAGUCAUGCCACCUUCUCUCAGGUGUUUGGACGGCAGGGACAGCUCAUGCAAGCUACUGUCCAGUCACUGAACAGCCUGAAUGACCAGAUUGCUCAGUUCAUGGUGACCCGGCCGUGCAGCCCGGCAGAGGAGGAGGAGGCCUUCCUGACGGGAGAGAGGCAUACCCUGAGGAAGUCGAUGACAUUGAUGAGACACCUGCUCGUGGAUGCUCAGGGGAAAAUCCUUAAAAUGAUGGAAGACAACAAACAGCUGGCACAGAGGAUUGAUGGGGCCAUCCAGUCUGCCAGUCAGGAAGUGAUCAACCUCCGCUCUGAGCUCUCUGCCACCAGCCGCAGACUGGCAGAGCUGGGUGCCAGCAGCCCCCCUGCCCUGGAGAACCACCACCAUCUCAACCACCACGAUGGCACGCUCCACUAUCGAGAUCUAUCGGUGCAUCACAGGCAAAAGGCGAGGAUGACAGACAUGUGCUACUCAACAGAGAUCUCCAGCCUGAUGGACUUUGGCACUGCAGACUGCACGCUAGGCAAAGUCUUGUUGCGGGAGGAGGUGGCCCAGCUUCAAGAGGAGGUCCACCUGUUGAGGCAAAUGAAGGACAUGUUGAGUAAAGACAUGGCAGAAACCCAAGGAGGCUGCUCUGCCAAUCUCCUCUCCGCCACAGAGCUCCGUGUUCAGCUGAGCGAGAAGGAGCAGGAGCUGGAACGUGCCAAGGAGGUCUUACAAGCCAUGAAAGCUGACCGUAAGCGACUAAAAUCGGAGAAGGCUGACUUAGUGAGUCAGAUGCAGCAACUGUACACAACACUGGAGAACAGAGAGGAGCAGUUGAGGGAAUUCAUCCGGAACUACGACCAACACAGAAAGGAGAGUGAGGAUGCAGUUAAAGCUCUGGCAAAGGAGAAGGACAUGCUGGAGAGGGAGAAAUGGGACUUGAAGAGGCAGACCAAAGAGUCCACGGAGCAGGCCAACAUCCUGCGUUGUCAGUUAGACAUGAAGGAGAACAGGAUUAAAGAGCUGGAGGCCGAGCUCACCAUGGCCAAGCAGUCUCUGGCCACUUUGACAAAAGACGUACCCAAACGGCACUCUGUGUCCAUGACGACAGAGCCGGUAGUAAAUGGCAGUCAGGAGUGGGUGAUGCAGGCCGACCUUCCUCUCACAGCUGCAAUCCGCCAGAGUCAGCAGACACUCUACCACGGCCACGCCACCGACCGACAAGCUGUGGUCAGGAUCAGCCCCUGCCACUCUCGUCAGCCCUCUGUGAUCUCAGACGCUUCUGCGGCUGACGGGGACCGAUCGUCCACACCCAGUGACAUCAACUCCCCCCGCCAUCGGACUCACUCCCUCUGCAAUUCUAUGGAGGACCUGGAGGAGCAGAAGCGUAAGAAGAAGAAGGAGAAGAUGACUCUGGGAUCUCUAUCACGGGUGUUCACUCGGAGCAAACAGCGCAAGUCACUGGAUCCCGGCUUAUUUGAUGACUCUGACAGCACACAGCACAGCCUGUCUGACGGAGAGGAGCAGCUGGACCGCCUCCAGCAGGUGGAACUAACCAGAACCACCUGCAUGUCGCUGUGGAGAGCAGGAGCUGUCCAAGCCUGGCUGGAGGUUGUCAUGGGAAUGCCCAUGUACAUCCGAGCCUGUUCGGAAAAUGUAAAAAGUGGCAAGGUGCUGCUGGGUCUGACAGACGAGGAUUUGGAGCUCGGUCUGGGUAUCAAUAACCCAAUUCAUCGCAGGAAAGUUAGACUGGCCAUUGAAGAUUACAGGAGAGCUGAAGGGACGCAGGGGCUAUCGAAAGCCUCUGAGAUGGACCAUCACUGGGUUUCAACAUCGUGGCUGAGUGACGUGGGGUUGCCUCAAUACUCCCAAACCUUCCACGCCCACUUAGUGGACGGCCGAGUACUGAACUCUCUGAGUCGCAGAGACCUGGAGCGGUUCUUCAAUGUCAGCGACCAUUUCCACCAGACCAGUCUGCUUCUGGCAAUCCAGCUCCUGCAGAUGCUCAGCUUUGACAAAGAGGCCCUCCAGGCACGGCGGACAAAAUGUGAGCACCAAAACCAGGACCCUGUUGUUUGGACAUGUCACAGAGUGAUGAAGUGGAUCAGAGAUAUAGACCUCAAGGAGUUUGCAGACAAUCUUCAGGGUAAAGGCGUUCAUGGAGCCUUGAUCGCUCUGGAUCCCUCCUUUGACACUGAUGCCAUGGCUAAAGCCCUGGGAAUCCCCAACAACAAGCACAUGCUGCACAGACACCUUUACGAAGAGAUGAAGUCACUCUCCGUCCCUCCCAGUGAUGAGGAGCAGGACACUAAAGCUGUCUGCUCCUCCGUCCCCCAGGCUGUCAGUCGUUUUACUGAUGAGAGGGUGUCACUCAGAAGAACAGGAAAGAGUUCACUGAGGUUGCGAGCAAACAGUCACUCUGUGGAGCGCAGCAUGGGCCUCCACGGUAACUGCGGCUCUCUGCCCAGAGAAGCCAGAGUGCAAGCCAUUUCCCGUGCCAAAGGCAGCCCGAUGCAUACUUACAAGAGUGUUGAAAUCACCAACGUGUGACUCACCCUCUGACAUCUUCACCACUGUUUACACUGUGUUGGUACUUUAACUGUUUACAGUUGAGAAAGCUGAGCACUCAAAACAUUAUAAAGGUGGAAAAGGGUAUAUGUAACAGCACCGACAUACACAUGAGGGGAUUUUUCAUGAUUUAAAAACAAGUCAUUUUUUAUUUUGAGUUUGAAAGCAAAGUAUUCUAAAACAUUUGUGUGUAUUUUCUGCAGCUUAGUACUGACAGGGAUGGUUUAGAAAUAUUGCAAAGAAAACAAAUAAAUUCGGAGCCCCUUUAUUGCCUUAUGAAAAAUAGAAACAAUUGCUGUAACUAUUUAUUUACUUGAUUUUAGAUGUUUCUCUUCAAGUCUCUGUUUUAGGAUUUUUGAUUAAAUCAAUGCUGUUGUGGUACAGAAAAACAAAAGCAACAUAACAUGCUUUCGUGUGGAUAUUUGUCCUUUACUUUUAACAGUUUUUACAGGCCUUUCUUCCUAAAUGAAACGUUUAAUCUACAGAACAAGAAUGUUGUUUAUCCAAAGGUUUAUGACUGAAACUAAUUGAUUAGAGGGGGUUUUAAUCAUAAACAAAUUUGAAUUAAAGUUUGUCAAGGUGACCAACAUGUCACACGUUCAGGUGAGGAAUGUAAACUUUUUAAGGGACAACAAUGACAGUCUAAGAGGGGUUUUACUUCUGUCAUCCACCAAACUGUUAUCCUCAAUAUUUGCCCAGCUUAUGUUCUUAAAAUAGUAAUAAAAAAAAACUAUCUAUGUGUCAAAGUCAUUUGGUUGUAACAUCAUCAGUGGUUUGUAAUAGCACACAGGAGUGAACUAUUUACACAUCUGUUGUUCCUGUGUGGGCUGGAAGGAUUCUGCAGAUUUUCCUGCUCCAUUGUAUCACACCAUCAACACUCAGCUAGUGUAUCAACAACGGUCAUGAUUUACUUCAAAAUAAAAGCGCACGGCUGUUGAAACCUCUUCCUUUUAGGGUUUUCUGCCAGUAAAGGUUGAGAAAAGGUUGCAAGCAGAGAAACAAAAUCCUGGUGGCUGGCAACUGUGGGAAGGGGCCACGGUACCACUUUAUUUGAUUGUUUGCUUGUUUACAAUCCCUCAUUAUUAUUUUCAUUUUAUGUACAUGCGGUUACAAGCUAGGAAAAAAAGAGCAGAUUUGGGGGGAAAUCUGGUAUGAAUAGACUAUUUCACAGUGAUCAGGAUAUUUCCUAAAGAUAAACAAUUAACAUUCAGGAUUAACAAAGCGGUUUUCAAAAGUCUGCAGUGUAAACAUGAAUCAGAUCAGCUGGAACUGACCCGCACUGAUGUUGUGUUGUUGAGCUGCAUCUGGAAAAACUGAGCUGUGAAUGUUCACAACAGCUUCACAUUAGAAAGAGGGAAAAGAUUGGACUUGUAGAAGAAUUUAUUAUAAACAGAAACCUAGAACACAACUUUUAUAAAAUAAAUAAAUAAAUAUAGGGAUGGAAUAAUCCCAUUUCAAGUAUGUUUUUAUAUUUUUAUAACUUUCUUUUUUUUAAUGAAUGUUACUGCUAUGAUACUGGUUGAGUAUUAAGUGUUUCAUUGGGAAUGCUCUGUUAUAAAUCAUGUCCAGCCAUGUUGAAUGGCACACGGGUGUACAGUGUUUGCUGUUCUUGAGCAUGAAGAGACCAAGUUUCAUCAUUUUGACACAUUCUGUGCAGCUGAAGGCCUUUGUAUGAAGCGGAACAGGUUUGUCUCCCAGAUCUGGGCGUGUCCUUCAGUCCUCUUUCUCAAAGGGGUAAAUAGGGAACGUUAGAGCUGUUUAAAGCUGUGAUUUACUUUAUUUUGGCCUUCACAUAUGAAGCUCAAUGUGAAUAUUAAAAGUGGAACUCCUGUCGUAAAGUGAUCUGUGCUUUGUCAUUGUUUUUUUUAUGAAUGAACACAAAUUUGUGUAAGAAAGAUAAAAAAAAAUAAAAAUUUAAAACUA